AAAACGUACAAAAUUGCACACUUACUGGAAAAUCCGUUGCACCACCAACCACCGCUAUCGGGUGGCACAGCGGAUCGACUUGGCGUAGAAUUCGAUUUCUACAACGUGGCCUCCAGCAAAGUACACCCGAGUCCGGGGGCAGCGCGCAGUGUCUGGGCGCUGCCCCUGACGGCCUCCUCAUCAUGCAAUAUGGAGGAAGAUGGACACGCGCAUGGAGACAUCGAUAUCGACAUUGAUCAUCAUCGACCCCAUUCACCAACUGGCGCCAAUGGUGGCGCCUCCAAUGGUGAUGGCAGCGAGCACGACAGCAAUAUGCUUCUGUUCGAGGGCUUAGAUGGGGCCACCGUUAACCUCGAUGACAUCUUCGAUAUCAUCAAGAGCGGCGAGGUCAGCGAAGUGGAGAAUCUGGUGGAGAAGUUUGGCAUGGAAUGUUUGUCGGCUCGGGAUAGACACGGCUAUACGCCUGCCCAUUGGAUUGCGCUCAAUGGCAACGUGCAACUGAUGCGUUAUCUCAUUGAACGCUCCGCUCCCAUUGAUCUCCCCUGCCUGGGCACCCAGGGACCGCGGCCCAUCCACUGGGCGUGCCGCAAGGGACACGCUUCCGUUGUGCAGGUGCUGCUGCAGGCGGGAGUCGCCGUCAACGCGGCGGACUUCAAGGGACUGACACCGCUGCACUUGGCCUGUAUGUAUGGACGCACUGCAACGGCCGCCUAUCUGCUGGGCAUGGGUGCCUUGAACAAUCUGACGGACAUCAAUGGUGACACGGCGCUGCAUUGGGCUGCGUACAAGGGUCAUGGCGAUCUGAUGCGUCUGCUCAUGUACUCUGGCGUGGAGCUGCAGAAGACGGAUAACUUUGGCUCGACGCCGCUGCAUCUCGCUUGUCUCUCCGGGAAUAUAAAUUGUGUGAGGCUGCUGUGCGAGAAAUCGCAGCUUGAUCUGGAGCCGCGUGACAAGAAUGGCAAGACACCCAUUAUGUUGGCUCAGGCACAUCAGCAUCAGGAUGUGGUACGUCUGCUGUACGGCGAAGUGAAAAAGAAGUCACGCUGGAUGCCCUCCGUCUCGGAGAGUUGGGGCUGGCUCUUUGGCGGCGCAGGCGACUCGAAGGGACCGCUCUUUCUGUUUCUCUUCUCGGUGCUGCUCUGGGGUUAUCCCAUGUACAUGAUACGCGCUAUUCCCAUUACCUGGAACAUAUUGCGGCGUUCGCACUAUUGCUUCAUCUACUGGAACGUGGUCAUGUGGGUCAGCUGGGCCAUUGCAAAUCGUCGUGAUCCCGGCUAUAUUCCACUCAGCUCCGAUGCCUACUAUCGGGCCAUCAAGCAGAUCCCGUACUUCGAUAAGCUCAAGAAGCGCAAUGUGAUGUUGACGCGUCUCUGCCACAGCUGCCGUUGUCUGCGUCCGCUGCGGGCCAAGCAUUGUCGGGUGUGCAAUCGUUGUGUCUCCUACUUCGAUCAUCAUUGUCCCUUCAUCUACAAUUGUGUUGGGCUGAGGAAUCGCAUGUGGUUCUUCCUUUUUGUGCUGUCAGUGGCAGUCAAUUGCUCGUUCACCAUAUAUUUUGCUUGCUAUUGCGUCAUGAUCGAGGGAUUCACGCUGCUCUACGUGUUGGGACUCAUCGAGGCAGUUGUCUUCUGCGGUCUAGGCUGGAUUCUCACCUGCACUUCGAUACUUCAUGCCUGCAUGAAUCUCACCACAAACGAAAUGUUCAACUACAAGCGCUAUCCAUAUUUGCGAGACAAGCGCGGACGCUAUCAGAAUCCGUUCUCUCGCGGUCCCAUCCUUAAUCUGCUAGAGUUCUUUGUCUGUCUGCCCGAUCGAGGCGAUGACACCGAUCUGCUGCUUGAGGAUAACAUUUGAUUAAGAAGCUAGGAGCGCGCCCAAGCUCCUUGCCGGCGCAAGGUUCCAGUGCGUGGAUAAUAGUCAGUCAGUCAACGCUCCACGAAGGAGCAAAUGGCGACAGCUGUGCUUUAAUUUUUGCUCCAGGCUUUAUGCUUACUCGAUACUAUCAAGUUGGGGAUGUUGAUAUGCAAGCGUUAUCGAAAGUGGCAAUUGUUCUAAGUCAAUAUUAUCAAAUAAGUGAUAUAUUUGGCUAUAUUUGAAAAACAAAGUUAAAAUUUAGAUUCCAAUAGAAAUAAAACUCAUGAAAAAGGCAAUUCAACAAAAAAUGUGAUGACAACUUAUUAAAUUAAUAUAGAAAUGAUGAAUCCGCCACCACAAUAUUUUCAAGAAUAUCAACAAUCCUUCUUGCAUAGUUCAAUCACAUCCACAAUUUGUUCGUUUAUCAAUUUUUAUCAAAACAAUUGCAAUUUAUCCUUGCAGAGGGGUUUGGUUCUAGAAGAUUGCCAGCGAGAAACUUUCAACUAGUUAGCAUAAUAAAUCAAUUAGUUAGUUGACAAAUUUCCAAUAGUUAUAGUUUCCACAUAUAUCAUGAUCUCGACAAAGAA